AUGUUGAGACAAGCGUUGUCGCAGUCUAACGUGACGCAGGUGGGUCUGGUGGAGCGGAUGUUCUCAUCCAGCAUUACCUCAGUGGCCUGCUUGGUGUUCGUCUUCAUCAACGCGGUGAUGAUGCUCACCUUAAAAAGGAAACGGGUGUUUCGGGAGACGUCUCGCUACAUCCUGCUGUUCCACCUCUUUUUGACGGACACGCUGCUGAUGGCAUCCAGCCAGGUGUUGUACCUGUUGUACGCGUUUCGGAUCCUCCUCACGUAUCCUCAGUGCGGCGUCCUCGUCAUGCUGACUAUCAUGACCAAUGACAUCUCUCCUAUGGUGCUGGUGGUGAUGUCUCUGGAGAGAUAUGUGGCUGUGUGCCACCCUCUCAGACAUGCUGCCAUCAUCACCGUCAGGAACACGGGGGCGGCCGUGCUCUCUGUUUGGAUCCUUUCUUUGCUUCAGGUUGUCACUCUGGUGCUUGUACUGUUACGCUUUCCCUUUGACCAGCUGGAGACUCUGAAGAUGCCCGAGCAGUGCAGCAGCGACAAUAUAUUUCUCUUGCCCGUGUUGUAUCACUGCAGAACAGCUUUCACCGCUCUUCUGUUCACCUCGGCGUGCUUGCUCACUGUUUGCAGCUACAUCAGCGUAGUGGUGGCGGCCAGGUCAGCAUCAAGGAGUCAAAGAGACAAGGAGUCGGCCCGUAAAGCUCAGAAGACGCUGCUGCUGCACCUGUUGCAGCUGGGCCUGAUACUGUUGUCAUGUAACCACUUCGCUUCUGAUGAUGACAAGGGAGGACUGUUUGGGGGCGUGGUCACAGGGUGCGCUGAUGUGGGUCACAUGACAGAGUUUGGACGUAUCAGCAUGGAGCAAAUAAACGUAUAA